GCUUUCCUCCCACGCCUCAACUUCCAAUGUACUGAGCUCUUUAUGGUGGCAAAGGUCAUUGGCACAUUGCUUGUCGCUUCAGUGUAGUCUUUGAACCACCCAUGUUGCAUUCGAGGAUAAUGCGAUCAUGCUACUGCGCAGAUACCGCUUUAAGAACAACUGGGGCUUGUGAGAUGGAACGGUCUGAGUCUUUUAGAGCAGCGCAGUGUGGAUUUACGUGUUAACUUUUUGAGCUCAUUGAGGGCGUUUUUCGGUCAAACCUGGCAGAAGGAGCUUGUGGAGUUGUCGACAUCGGGAAAAAGACCGGGAUUACAAGAAAGACAUGAGAAACACGCGAGACUCCGGAAUAAAUGGCUACUUUUUUCCAACAGAAAUAAGAGUGCAUGUAUUUGUUAACGCGUGACGGAUGGUAACGUAGGGUGAAAGCAUGCGCCUGUCUGGAAACGAUACAUUUAUGUGGGCUGACAGCCUGCUGGAAAUGAAUCAGACAACCACCGAGAGUUAUGGAGGUCCGGAGGUAGUAAUCGUCCCUGUCAUUUUUGGAUUUAUAUUUCUCUUGGGUGUCAUAGGCAACACACUGGUGAUGAUUGUAAUUGGCAGGAUCAAGUCCAGGCGCUCCAGAAGUACGACCAACACUUUUAUACUAAACCUGAGUAUAGCGGACUUGUCCUUUCUCCUUUUUUGCGUCCCAUUCCAAGCAACUAUUUAUUCCCUGCCCGAAUGGGUGUUCGGCGCCUUUCUCUGUAAAUUUGUACACUACUUCGUCAUGGUAUGCAUGCUUGUGAGCAUCUUCACACUCGUGGCCAUGUCAGUGGACCGGUACAUUGCUGUAGUGCACUCAAAGAAGUCCCAUUGCAUUCGCAAUAAGAAGAACGCGGUCAUUGGGAUUUGUACUAUUUGGAUUCUGUCAUUUGUCUUUGCAAUUCCAGUGGCCCAACAUCAGACAUUAACCAGCCACCCAGAAGCUCCUAACAGCUCGUUUUGCUGGGAGGAAUGGUCCAAUAAAGUUCCCAAACACACCUACAAAGUGACAAUUUUGAUAAUUGGGUAUUUGUUACCUUUGGUUUUGAUUACAUGCUGCUAUGCCAAGGUGUUGUUCCAUCUCCAUAAAAAAAUCAAGAACAUGUCCAAGAAGUCUGAGCGCUCAAAGAAAAAGACGGCCCAGACGGUCCUGCUGGUGGUCACCGCCUUCCUGAUCUGCUGGAUGCCCCAUCACAUCAUCGCCAUGUGGGUGGAGUUCGGCCGGUUCCCGCUGAACGACGCCUCCUUCGCCUUCCGCCUCCUCUCGCACUGCCUGGCCUACGGCAACUCCUGCGUCAACCCCAUCCUCUACGCCUUCCUGUCGGAGAACUUCCGCAAGGCCUGCCAGCAGGUCUUCGCCUGCCGCCUCUUCUUCCCGCCGCCGCCGGCGGAGAAGGUGGUGCGCAUCCGCAUGGAGAACUUCUCCACCACGCACUCCACCACCAACUUGUGAACGGCGGGGCAAGUCUGGUGACUCCUGGUGAGGACUGCUGAAGAGCUGCAUUACAUUACAUUGCAGGCGUUUAGCAGACGCUCUUAUCCAGAGCGAUAUAUACUGAAGCAAUGCAGGUUAGAGUAAGUACCUUGCUUGGUUAAGUACCGUUAGACCAACUCCUUAGCCAUUAUACAACACUGCCGCCCAGAUACAUUUACAAGUGAUAUGUUUCUGCUUUGUAAACCUACUUAAAUGGGAGGGAAAUAUACACUGUUGUUCUUGUUUGAAAAACUUAACAAACGAAUGAGUUGUUUUAUGUGUACAACACCUUUUUUUUGCCAUGUUAUUUUAGUCAGAUACGAACCAAAAAAACUCAUGAGUAAAUGUGUUGAGAAUUCAACCAGUUUGUAUUUUACUUUCAAAGGGCCUUUUCAAUCAAUUUGCACAUUCUCCCAGGCUGCCUUCUGCACCAAGAUGUUCAACUCUUCUUCUGCAUUGAAAGGUCCAGGUAAAAAAAUGUUUGAUUGAUUAAAUUCCAAACAACAACUGCACUGUACCUGGAACUCCUAUGCCAAACAGGAAAAUGAUAGAGAGGGGGGUAUAAAUUGCCCUGAUAAUUGCCCUGGUCAUAUCCCUAUGGCACCAAUAGUUGGCUUUAUACAUUUUUGAUUUGUAACUUACCAUAAUCAGCACCUGGAUAUCUAUCUAUAUAUAUAUAUAUGUACAUAUAUAUAUAUGUUUAAGGAUGAAAGGGUGUUGGUUCAUGAUGUAAAUGUGCUGGGUUGUGCCCCAAGACGACGAUGACUCAAAACACAAGUAAAUCAACUACAUAAUGGUUUAAACAGAAGAAAAUGAAUAUUUUGCAAUGGGCAAGUCAGAGUCCAGACCUUAACCCUUUUGAGAUGUCGCGGCCUGAAGAAGGCUGUUCAAGAAAUCCAAGAAAUAUCAAUGAACUGAAGCAGUUUUGUAAGGAGGGAUGGUCUAAAAUUAAUCCUAACCAUUGUGCAAGUCUGAGGCAGCAAUAAGGAACAUUUGGUGGAGAUUAUUGCAGCUAAAGAGGUCCUACCAGUUACUAGAUACAAGGGUCCACAAACUUUUCUGUCCAGAACUAUGAAUGUUUAGGCACUAUGUUCAAUAAAGACAUGAAAUGUGCAAUUUAUUGUGUGUUAUUAGUUUAAGCAGAAUGUGUUUGUCUAUUAUUGUGACUUAAAUGAAGAUCAGACCACAUUUAAUGCGCAAUUAAUGCAGAAAUCCAGGUAAACCUUUCCUUGCCACUAUACUUUAUGUUUACAAGUCUUUUUGACAAUACUGAGGCAAACAGCCCUUCAGUUCAAAUACAAACACUUACAAAUACUCCAGAGAAUUAGAAAUGAAAUGUAAAAAAUAAGGAAAAAAAUGUUAUAGAGAAUUAAAUGCAUCUCUUCAACAAGAAUAUGUUUAACGGAACAGUCUUAGAGAGAGACCUGGAAUAUAUUAUUUACAGUGGAACAGUGGAAUUUUACAUUUUUCUGUGCUUUCAGAGUAAGAUAAUAGUGUAAAUUUUAAAUUUAUUCCAAAAAAAGAUGGUGUGGCAAUAAUGUAGACCAAAAUUUAAAGUUUAUCCCUUCCUAAAAAAUCAGUUUCAUGUAACAACAUUUUGAAUUCUGAAAGAAAUUUAGGAAUAUAUAAAGGAAACAUGGUGGGGGACUUGCUUUAUGGAAACCAGACUCUGAAGCAGUAGCAGUUGUGUAAUAUUCGUGCCAAUGUCAGCGUAUACAGAUGUAUCCAGGUUAAAGUAUUUUUUUUCUUGCACACCGAGUUCUGAGCGAGUGUUCAUUAGUUAACUGUGUAUUAGUGGGUUAGCAGAUGAGAAGGUUGGUUGGUGACCACCGGUUAGGAUUGCCUCCCUCAGGAUUAUUGUUUAUCAGGCUUCUGUGAAAAAAUCGUCUUCAGGUCAGUUGAGAACAGGACAGUAUGCUAGCACCUGAAUGAGGCCUGAGAACUGAUUGAAGAUGUAUAGUACAGUGCACCUCUUGAAUACUCAAGUGGCGUAGGGCAUGACAACCAGUCAGGAAAAGUUGACUUAAAAAUGAACCAUGCCUCUGUAUUCAAAUGUGAUGUGUGUGCAUAACUUCUCCCACUGAGGGGGUUCGCUGCUUACAUUUUGCCUCGAGUGUAUCUUCUGUUUGAAACUGUACUUUGUCAAAUUAGGCUCUCUGUCAGUGUUUUUGGCGCUUUUACCUAUGCUUAUGCUUCAGUGUGUGAAUGCUUAUACGAUAGCUUAACAUGUUGAUUGAUUUACCUUAAUACUGCUAUUUUAAACAAUCAUCCACAUACACAUACACUUCAGUAAAACAACAAAUGCUUGAUUGAAUCGGCUGUGGUCCUGGCAGAUCGUAUCCUAGUUUUCCAGCUCUGUUUCAGCCACAAAGGAGAAUUUAUUUGAGGUUUACCCCUGCUCAGUUCAGACAGUAGUAGUUGAAUGAAGCCUUUAGGGUUUAUACGUCAUGAGCAAACCUACAUGGAACAUGACUGGGAAUCUCUGUCCUGAAUGAAACUGGUGUUAAAUAUGCACAACUUUAGGGGGCAACCAAAGUUCUGCAGUGCAAGAGGUGCUGUUGGGUUUUAUUGUUAUUAUUAUUAUUUUUUUAUUUUUUUUAUUUUUUUUUUUUUUUUACCCCAUGCAGUCAAAGGUCUUAAUUAUAUAACUGGGUCCAUAAGCUAUAUUUUAUGCAGGUGAUCCAGUGCUCAAGUUAGGAUACUCAUUUUAAGGAGUGGUGAAAAUCUGGCAGUUUGUGGCAAUCCAGAGCCCGGUGUCACCACCUCUGCAAUCCAUGUUACCCCAACCACCCUGCACCGCCAGCCCUUCUCUUUCACUCUAGACCGCCUGCACCGGAAAAUACAGAGCAGAAGUCGCACUUGUGCCUCAGUCAUCUCUUUUUCAUUUAAGAUAAAUUCAGAAAAUCACACCGAAAAUCACGCUGAAAUGAAAGCAUAAAGCCCACUUUAUUUACUAAAAUGGCCAGAAAUAUUCACAUUAUUGCCAAUGCAAAUAUGGUUUUGACCUUUUGCAUUGUCAAUAAUGACCUUGCAGUAGUUCUGCUAUCUUAUUAAUACUAUAAAACUGCAAAUGAAGAAUUUUAUGGUUGUGACACUGUAAACUUGAAGGUUUAUGUCAUAAAAUGGAGUUAUGAGCUGUUUAAUUGUAUGUUACUUGCAAUGUAAAAGGCAAACGUUGUCAAGCUUGUAAAAAUGGUGUAUUAAACGUUAACUUGAUUUGUG